AUGGCAAUCACUCCUCUUGCUGCUGCUUCUAUUGCUGCUGCUUCUCUCCUUCCUACAGCAGCAGCAGCAGGAUCAGCAGCAGAGCAGCAGCAGCAGCACGAGCAGCAGGAGGAUCAGCAGCAGCAGCAGCAGCACCAGCAGGAUCAGCAGCAACAGCAGCAGCAGGAUCAGCAGCAACAACAGCAGCACCAGCAGCAGCAGCAGCAACACCAUCAGCACCAGCAGCAACACCAGCAGCAGCAGCAGCAGCAACAGCAGCAGCAGCAGCAAGUACCUGGAUAG